UGUCAAGUCCCCUCACGUGCCUCACACAUAAGGGUAAUUUCAUCAUUUCAUAUGUUAGAGACCAUUUUUGCAUAAACGUUUUUUGGAUUAAUUGACAUUUACCCCUCAUUUACUUUCCCAACACUCGUCAACUCCCCAACUCCCUCCUUCUUUGCUUCUGCUCCAUUGAACCUGCAAAAAACCCUCGUUGCUUAUCCAAAAAAUAUAAUCGACACUACACAUACAAGGGCAUAUGUUUAAUACGAAAUGGUGUUCGUAAUAUGGCAUACCAGACCAAAACACGAAGUUGUUGAUGUAUCAACAGUAUAUGCUGGUGCACCCACAUGGUUUAGUAUUAAGCUUCAUCAUGAUGGGAAAUUAACUAAGUUACCUGAUAUAAAGUACAUUGGAGGUGAAGUGCGUUAUGUUGAUUAUGUGGACAUUGAUGAGUUUUCUGUGCAUGAACUUGAUGUCAUAAUGCUUGACCUAGGUUACCCAGACCCACAAAAUUCUGAAUUCGCUGAUGAAUCCCAAUUAUAUACUACCAUUUUAGGAUACCUAAUGCAUGGAAAGACAAAUUUACUGACUUACUUCAUGUCACCAAAUGCAAAGGGUAAAGUUGUCAUUGAGGAAUUACCAGAAAAUGAUGAUCAAGGGGCUGGAGUUGAGGGUCAAGUUCAUGCAGAUUCUCCAAUGAAAAAUGUAAACCAUGGUAAUGGUGAGCCUAUUGGUGAGUUCACGUCUCUGGUUCUUUUUGGGAGUAAGAAUGAUAGUUUCUCACCAGAGUAUAGAAGGGGUAGGGUUGGGAAUUCCAAUAUAGGUGAAAGUUCUUGUAGCAAGAGGCUUAAUUUAGAUUAUAUUGAUGAGGGUGUUCAUAUUUCAAAGGAAAAGAAUGAUGAUCAUGAUGGUUCAACUGAUGUUCAGGAGGCAGCAACUUGUGUCAUAUUGGUGAGAUGGAUGAUGUUAGGGAGGCUGCAACUGUUGUUCAAGAGGCAUCAACUGUUGAUGAAGGAUGCUACAACACCCCUUGUUAAUAAUGAUGAUGAACAAUUGAAUAAGUUAUUUGAUAACCUUAUGGAAAAUUUGAUUAGCAGUAAUGAUGAUAACGCAGACUAUGAAGGGGAUGGAGAAUCUGAAGAGGGUAAUCAAGAGUAUGAAGAGGAUGAUGAAUCUCAAGAAAGUGAUCCAAAUUUUGAAGAGUAUGAUGAAUCUGAAAAUAAUGAUCCAGAGUAUGAAGAAGAUGAGAGACAGAUAGAAGAUGAAGAUCAUAUGGAUGACAUAAUGGAUGUUGACAACAAUAUACAGGAUGUGGAUGUGGACAUGGGAGACUUCACUCUCAAUGUUGAAAGUGAUGUGGAAGGUUCUUGUAUAAAUGUUGUUCAUGGGCAUGAACAUGAAGAUAUUGAAGUGAUCAACAAUGAGGAAUUUAAAUCUUUGGAUGAAGGAUCUGACCAAGACAGAGAGAGAAGAGCUCUUAUCAAGAAUUUGAGAAAAGAACAAAGGUGCAGUCUUGGGGAAGUACAUAAACAAUCAUUUUCAGUUGGAGAUAAAUUUAAUAGUAAAAAAGAAUUAAAUGAGGCAAUUGAUCUGCAUGCACUAGAAUCAAGAAGGAAUCGUUUCUUUAAAAAAAAUGACAAUGUAAGGCUUAGGGCACAGUGUAGAGGAGUUGUACCUGUCACCAAUAAAGGCCAAGUGGGUAGUCAAGCUACCACUUCAAAAAUAAAGGGUAAAGAAUUAAUGACACCACAAUGA